AUGCCAAAGUACAAAAGAAUAGACCAAUUUAAAGGAAUUCAAAUUCAUUUACAUGUUUAUCAAGAACCUACAAAUUAUAAGAAUAAGCAUAUUGUUGUUGUUAGAUAUGAAAACAGAUCUAUUGAAUUUGUAGAUAAAACUAAAAUUGAAGAUAUUGAUGCUGUGAUUUAUGCUACUGGAUAUCAAAUUGAAUUCCUAUUUUUAGAUAGACAUAGAACUAAAAUUAAAGAUAUUGAUACUGUGAUUUAUGCUACUGGAUAUCAAAUUGAAUUUCCAUUUUUAGAUAGGGCAUUUUACUCUAAUUCAGAAUUGUGUCCCACUUGUCCAAUUUGUCAUGCACAAAGUUCAAUACCAGAUAAUCGUAUUAAAACACCAAUCGAAAGUACAAGUAAUAAUAACCAAGAAUCAAAUAAAAUAAAUGAAGAUGAAAAUGAUCAUAUUAAGAGUGAAGAUGAGUCUAAAGAGGAUGAAGAUAGAAAUAAUUACAAUAAAGAUGAUAAUAAAAGUAGAGAUGAGUCUGAAGAUAAUGAAAAAGGUGAUGAGGACUAUAAUAAUGAAAAUGAUGAGGAUUAUAAUAAUAAAAAUGAUGAGAACUAUAAUGAGUAUAAUGAUAAUAUUAUUGAUGAUAACAACAGACUGAUUAAUAUAAAAAAACUAAUUGAAGAAAUAGGUGGUGAGAUCAAUGAUGAAAGUGAAAUGAAUAUAGAAGAAGGAUCUAGUCAAAUAUCAGCAAAGACUUUGGCAG